AUGCCAGCUAUGCGCGCUUCUGCUUUGCGAGGUCCCAUUACUCCACCAACGCUCAUUGAGCAUAAAAAUCUUCGUUUUUUGAUUGCAGAUGCGCCUUCUGAUAAUAAUUUGUCUCUUUAUAUCCAGGAAUUUGAAAGAUUUAAUGUAACUGAUGUCGUUCGUGUCUGCGAUCCUACCUACCACAUUGAACCCCUAGAAGACCGUGGAAUGAAAGUUCAUGAUUGGGUAUUUGGUGAUGGUGAAGCUCCACCAACUCAAAUAGUCAAUGACUGGCUUGAUCUUGUUCAAAAGCGAUUCGGUGAAAUAGUCUCAGAUGAAGAGAGACCAACCAUUGCAUGUCAUUGUGUAGCCGGACUUGGCCGGUAA